AUAAACUACUGAAAACCAAAAUCCGUGACUAAAAUGUGAGAUGUGACCACGAAAAAAGAAACCGAUUUACAAUUAUUCGUCACAAACAUAUUGGAUGUUGGAUAAACGGGAGUUCAGACAAAGCAGUGGCUGCCAGAUGAGUCGAAACUCAAGGUCGUCCUUGGCUAUAACGAUUGGCAGGUGAAGUAAAAAUGGACAAACAGAUAUUCAACUUGAAAUUCGCUGCUAAACAAAUGCAACGUUGUGCCAUUCGUUGCAACAAAGAUGAGGCGGAAUCUAAAAAUAAAUUAAAGGCUGCUAUCAAAAAGGGGGACCACGAAGGUGCAAGAAUCCAUGCAGAAAAUGCUAUUCGACAAAAGCACACCGCAACAAGCUAUUUACGACUUGCUGCUCGAAUCGAUGCUGUUGUCUCCAGGGUUCAGACGGCCAUGACUACUAAGGGUUUCACUAGGAGCAUUAUGACAGUUGUCAAUUGUAUGGAAAGCGCAGCCAGGUCCAUGGAUAUGGAAAAGGUUAGUUGUCUCAUGGAUAAAUUCGAAAGGGAAUUUGACAACAUGGAUAUACAGUCCAAGCUUGUAAGCUCCUCGUUAGCCAAUACAAUGUCCAUUUCAACCCCUGAAAACGAAGUCCAAGGUCUGAUAAAUCAGGUAGCUGACGAAACCGGAAUAGAACUGAACUACGAACUCCCUGGUUCAACUCACACUUCCGUUUCAGUGGCCCCUAUUUCAGCGGAGGAGGAAGAUGGUCUCACGCAGCGCUUAGCUAGACUUAGACAAUCAUGAGAUAGUUUUAUGUUCAGCUGAAUUUAUUUUACUUCAUUUGUUCCCUUUGAUUUUAACUUGAGAUAACCUAAUUUUAUGUUUUCAACCUGUUUUGUUGACUUUACUUGCAAGUAAUUUGUAUUUAUGAACGUUACAUCAAAUCAAGAGUGCAUUGUGACAAUUUUCUUUUUUGUGUUUUUAGAAAUUAUGAUUUAUUUUUAAAGCUACAUAAUAUUCCUUCCGUCAAAUUUGACCACGUUUUUAGCCUGUUCAG